AUGAGUGGCUUUUGGGAUAGGAUGUUGGAAAAGGUUGCUGGAAGUGGUCUUGCAAGGAAGCUUCACAUAUCGAAGCUUGAGAAGAUAUAUCGUGCUUCGGUCAAGAGGAGCAAGCGCCCAAGCACAUCAGGGGACGAACCCCUGAGCAAGAAACGUCCGGUUCUGGAGAGGACCUGUUCGGCUACUAUACGCCCCGGGGAGGCAGCCUCUCGUCACACGCGUAUUCAACUUAUUGGCGACGAGUGGGUUGUCUCAGUGCCCAGGGGGGCCGGGACAGAGUGUUACCCAGAAGGCUUCAACGGCGGGCUACACCAAGAAGGGCACGAUCUGUGCCAUGAAUAUGAUGAGGCAAUGGCUAGGGAACAGCGAUUGCCGAAUACUCGAUUUUCAGAGAUAUCUUUGCGCUGUUGUUAUGAAAGGGAAGAUGGGGAGGAAUAUAUUCCGACCCCGGCUUUCAUUAUGGGCAACCAUCGUUCUCUAUAUCCUGUCAUUCAAUCAGGUAUAGAGAACGAGCCUGGUUUCCCAGGGUGGAAACAGCUCCAUGAUAAUCUGGAGGAACUAUAUUUACGGAAUCAUGGGCCCGAUAUCUGGCGGAUCAAGGAGUCAGUUAAAAACAUAAUGCGCGGUAAGAGGCCAGGUCAAUCGGGAUCUGGGAGUACAGCAUCGCGAGAAGCCCAUUCUCUAGUGUUGCGACGUGCACGGUCGAACAUACUGAGGGAGCAGGACUUAUCCAGUCCUCACUCUUUGCGCGCCGCUGGAAAAGCACGAGCUUCAAACUUGUCGUUUCCCAAGGUCAUGUCGUCGCCUGGACCUUCUCGAGUAUCAGCACUCACCUCUAUGCUGCACCGUGAAUCUCCAACCGACACACGCAACCUUGCUGCUCCCACAUCGUCAAAUGUCCUGGAAGAUCUCGUCAACGAGAUGGGUGGCCAUGAGCAGGGAUACAGUGCUGUGCUAAGUGGAUGCGCCAUCGAAUCUUAUACUCCUCCAGGAGAACGCCAGCCUGUUGCACCGAGCCUUUCCACUUCUUCCCCUUCUUCAUCUAGCGAAUCCAGUCAAUCAAUGCGGCCAAUGAUCUCACUCGAAACAUAUACCUCUCUCAGAGCCCUCAGGGAAAUGAGAGCCCGACUCCUGCAGCGGAAUUUCCCCCUGGACGAAUGUGCCGUUGAAUCAUAUACUCCGUCAGAGGAUUGGGAUCCUCUUGGAUGGCGCUCACAUGAGCAGGAUGGUUCCUCAUGCGAAGAUUCUCAUGAGACGUGCUCUACGGAGGAUGAUAGCAGUGGCUGGGAGAAGGUACAAGAGACGGCGGAUACUUUGACGCCGCCUCCUUUGCCUCCGGCCAGUCCUCCGGUGAUUUAUCCCUCUCCUGAGAUGAAGCCUCGCGUGGCUAUUGUUCCGACGGUCUCGGUUCGUCCUAAAGCGAUGAAGCCGCGUGAGUUGAUCAAGAUUGGCAAGCGACGCAUAUACCGGGUGGUUCGAUCCAAGCGUAAAGAUAUAGUUCAGACAUUAACGAAGUAUUAG